UCACUAAGACCACUGCACCAUCAUCACUCAAUCAAUACACAUACAAACUCACAAUUCGCAACACAACUAACACUGUAACUUGCCAGUACACUCGAAAGAAAUGCCUCAUUUUCAGUAGCCAUAGCCACAAAGAAUGUUGUUGGUUAUGCAUAUUUCAUAGUUUGUUGAACCAAACUGUGAACACCCAGAAAGGAAAAAUAUAUAUAAAAAAAAAACAAUGAAUUUGCUGACUCAACAUGUAACACACCCUCAUUUUAUCAUUUCCUCCGCCUAUAAAUCCAACCCUUCAUUCCAUCACCAUGUCCAGCUUCAUCUUGGUUUGAGUGUGCUUACCCCAUUUUCCCAACUGCCCAUCAUGCCUGUUUCCACUGGAAAUGGAAGAAUUUUCAGAAGAAGGAAAUGGAGCACAUUUGUCUCCAAUUCUGCAACAUCACCAGCUCCAUUGCCACCUGACCCAGAUAAGGAACAGAAGCAAAAGGGAGAAGGAAGUGAUGGUGUGGUUGCAGAGGGUGAGAGUCCUGAUCUGCAGACACUUUUUAGAAGAUUCUGGAAAGUGGCAGCUCCUUAUUGGUCUUCAGAUGACAAGACUCAAGCAAGACUGCAGCUUGCUGGUGUUUUUGCUCUCACUCUGGCUACUACUGGAAUCAGUGUUGGCUUCAGUUUCUUGGGGAGAGACUUCUACAAUUCACUUGCCAACAAGGAUCAAGAGCAAUUUUCAAAGCAACUACUUUACUACUUGGGUGCCUUUGCUGGAGGAAUCCCGUUUUUUGUAUUGAGAGAUUAUGCACGAGAAACUCUUUCUUUGAGAUGGAGGUCUUGGAUGACAAGGUAUUACAUGGACCGCUAUCUGAAGAACCAGACAUUCUAUAAACUUCAGUCGCAGUCAAUUAUUGAUAAUCCAGACCAGAGAAUUGUUGAUGAUCUAAGUUCUUUCACUGGGACAGCCAUUUCUUUCUCCCUGACACUCUUUAAUGCUGCUGUAGACUUAAUCUCAUUCAGUAACAUCUUGUAUGGAAUCUAUCCUCCCCUCUUUGUUGUUCUUCUCAUAUACUCUAUUGGUGGGACAGCUAUCAGUGUUUACCUUGGAAAGGGACUGGUGACUUUAAAUUUCUUGCAAGAGAAAAAGGAAGCAGACUUUCGUUAUGGACUUGUAAGGGUGCGGGAAAAUGCUGAAUCAAUUGCUUUCUAUGGUGGUGAACAAAGUGAAAUGCAACUUCUUCUGCAGCGCUUCAAAAGUGCUUUUGAAAAUCUAUCUAAACUGUUGAUUUCUUCUAGAAAUCUGGACUUUUUCACCAGUGGCUACCGCUAUGGCAUUCAAGUUCUUCCUGCUGCUGUUGUUGCUCCCAUGUAUUUCUCUGGAAAAAUCGAGUUUGGUGUCAUCAAUCAGUCAGUCUCUGCUUUUAAUCAUAUCCUUAGUGACUUUUCCCUCAUUGUGUACCAGUUUCAAGCUAUAAGUGCUUUUUCUGCUGUUAUUAAUCGGUUAGGUGAGUUUGAUGAUAUUUUGGACAGAAGCAACUCCAAAUCUCUCUCUGAUACUUUGGAAGACAUAGAGAUUACAUACAAAGAUAUCAGGAGUUCAACUACACUGGAGUCUAAUGGAUCCACUCCACCAGAAAAAUAUGAAACGUUACUGGAGAUAGAAAAUUUGAUUCUGAAAACACCAAGCGAAUCCACACUUAUCAGAGACUUGUCAUUGUCAAUCAAGGAAAAGGAUAAUUUACUGGUAAUGGGACCAAGUGGAAGUGGCAAGACUUCUUUGUUAAGAGCUAUGGCUGGUCUAUGGAAAACUGGAACUGGAAAGGUCACGUACUAUGUAAAAGGUGGAGUAGAUCCUGAGCAAUCCAUUUGUUCAGAUGUGGAUACUCCUGUCAUAAAAACUUCUAAUGACACAUAUGAUGACCGUGGAAAAUCCAUAAGCAGAAAGUCUAGUAUUUUUUUCCUUCCUCAAAAGCCAUAUAUGGUUCUCGGCACACUCCGUCAACAAUUACUUUAUCCAACUUGGGCAGAUGGUUUAGUUUCCGUAUCAGACAGUGCUAGUGAAAAAAAUGUGCUUCCUUUCUUGACAAACAAUCCAAACUCAGAUAAUAUGAGUGAUGUGCAUAUGAAGCCAACUUCCGAUGAGCUGAUAAAGGUCUUAGAGGAUGUUCGUCUUGGCUAUUUAUUGGCUCGUUUCAGCUUGGAUUCAACACAUGAAUGGUCCAGUGUUCUUUCUCUGGGAGAGCAGCAGCGCCUUGCAUUUGCUCGUCUUUUGCUGUCAAAACCUCAAUUGAUCUUAUUGGAUGAAUCUACAAGUGCACUUGAUGAAGAUAAUGAGGUUCAUUUGUACCAAAAGAUUGCAGCAGCUGGCAUAACAUACAUCAGUGUUGGCCAUCGAUCAACCUUAUAUGACUACCACAGCAAGGUCCUACGCAUAUCCACACUUGAUUCUAAAGAUGAACGACCAAAUUGGUGCAUUGAACCCAGUAGUCGUGAACCCUCUUUAAAAUAGUUUUGAUGUAUGUGGAUGCCAAUCUGUACAUUUUCCACUGCAACUAGCUGCUAUAACAUAAGUUCUAUACAAAGGUUGUUAGAAUUAUUGACAUAUUUUUCUUUUGUAAGUUCAGAGGCUAGUUUUCACUUCUUAAAAUUUUGAAAUCAUACAUCUUUGAGAGAUCUCGUAUUAAUUUAGCUUGCAUAAUUUUGUUUGA